AUGCUUCCAGGGGUCGGCGUGUUCGGCACCAGCCUGACCACCAGGGUGAUCAUCCCGCUGCUGAAGAACGAGGGCUUCGCCGUCAAAGCGCUGUGGGGCCGGACCCAGGAGGAGGCGGAGGAGCUGGCCAAGGAGAUGAACGUCCCGUUUUACACCAACCGGAUCGACGAUGUGCUGCUGCACCAGGAUGUGGAUCUGGUCUGCAUCAACCUGCCGCCGCCUCUGACGCGGCAGAUCGCAGUCAAAACGCUGGGUAUUGGAAAGAACGUCAUCUGCGACCGGACAGCAACGCCUCUGGAUGCCUUCCGAAUGAUGUCAGCGGCCCAGUACUACCCCAAGUUGCUGAGCAUUAUGGGAAAUGUGUUACGUUUCUUGCCUGCCUUCGUGCGAAUGAAGGAGCUGGUAGAGGAGGGGUACAUCGGGGAGCUUCUGGUCUGUGAGGCCCAGGUCCACAGCGGUAGUCUCUUGGGGAAAAAAUACAACUGGAGCUGCGAUGACCUGAUGGGAGGCGGUGGUCUGCAUUCGGUGGGCAGUUACAUCAUCGACUUGCUCACGUUUCUGACCGGUCAGCGUGCAUUAAAAGUGCACGGCUUCCUCAAGACCUUUGUCAAACAAACGGAUCACAUUCGGGGCAUCCGUCAGAUCACCAGUGAUGACUUCUGCACGUUCCAGAUGGCACUGGAGGGGGGCGCCUGCUGCACCGUCACGCUCAACUUCAACGUUCCCGGAGAGUUUCGGCAGGAGGUGAUCGUCGUGGGGACCGUAGGGAGGUUAACGGUCACAGGGACCGACCUGUACGGACAGAAAAACAACGGGGGCGGAGGAAGCAGCGGAGGACCUGAGCUCCUGCUCAAAGACACCACACCUCUUGAGAAGAGUUCCUUACCGGAGAAGGCUUUCAGUGACAUUCCAUCCCCGUAUCUCACAGGAACGAUCCGCAUGAUCCAGGCGGUGCGGCAGGCCUUUCAGGACCAGGACGACAGGAGGACGUGGGACGGGAGACCUCUGACAAUGGCCGCUACCUUUGAGGAUUGUCUCUAUGCUCUUUGCGUGGUGGAUACCAUCAAGAAAUCCAACCAGAGCGGAGAGUGGCAGAACAUUGUGGUGAUGACCGAGGAACCGGAGAUCAGCCCAGCCUAUUUGAUCAGCGAGGCCAUGCGGCGGAGUAGGAUGUCACUCUACUGUUAGCAUCAGCUGAUGUGCUGACCCCUUAAAAAAUGGCUUUACUGGAGGUGGCACCGGAAAAGGCCUCAGUGUUGUAGAAACGUUAUUCAUACAGCUUCUGGGUUCAGCUCUUUAAUUCAAUACCUGUUUAUUUAAACACUGUCAAAAAGCUAUAUUGCUACUGUUACAGAAAGAGAGGCUAUGCCACUAUGAUACAGAGAGUUUUGGUUUCCUGAAACCCUGCCUCAGUAGUAGAGAAAAAGCAAUGUGACCAAUAAUCAAACCUUUAUUUAUAAGGAAGCCUUUCCUGUUUUUACCCGUUUGACAGAAGACUGUAACGGGGUGAUGCACUUGUAAAUCAAGCCGAUUCAUACAACCGAAAGAUAUAGUUCUACAGUGGAGGCAGAUCAGGGAAUAAUAACUAAUGCUACUGCGUUCGGCUUGACCAUAAGGGUAUUGCGCCUCUCAUCUCUGCUUCUGCUUCUCUUCUAUUUGACUGGGUCUGGAAGACAACACCUUACACUGUGGGUCCAAACGAGGACAGCCAAGGAAGAACGAUAGUCCUCUCAGUUGAAACUGUGCCGCUGUAUUGUUGCUGUAGUCCGAAGUACUUGCUAGUUUUACAGCAAAUCAGUAUGCUUGAUAGCUUCAGUCUCUGUCUGCUCUGUAUGCUUCCUCUGUGUGUGUGAGAAACAAGAGAGAAAAGAAAUCAAUAGUUUGGCUGCUGGGGUUUUCAGAAGGGUUUACCUUCUGGUUUAUGUAUGCAAUAUAUCCAGGCUGUAGUCUGCAGCAGAAACACUUUAAUCUUCCAGCUUGGAGUUAAGGGUUAAAAGACACUAUGGUAUGCCUUUAUGCAAUUACAGUAGCCUGUGUAUCCGUUUGCGAGUCCUGUACAAGUGGCCAGUGCAGUGAUACUUUGAUGUUCUUCUUAUUUCUCUCACGAGUGCAGUGUCCGUUCGAAACGGGCCGAUUGCUUGGCCCCCGGAAGUCCUGCUUGCAGCUAUCUCAAGAACUACUCAUCCGAUCACCUUCACUCUCGACACGGCGCUUCCUUGGAUCCUCAGCAAUACAGCUGCCAAGUGUUAAGUUGAUUGGAUGAACAGUUUUUGAGAUAAAUGGACAGUCAUAAAUGCAUACAUACAAAGAUAGAGAUUCAUUCCUUUAUAGUUAGUUAGAUGGUGCUGCUACAGCGCCACCUAUUGUCCAAAUGGCACCAGAUUUGUCAUGGCCAUUCAGAUAUCCUAUCUACACACGUCCACCAAAUGUGGUGGCAAUAGCACAGAGCGUUCAGGAGAUAUGACAUUUUCUUGCCCACUGCAUUUGAGUAAAUGUUGAGGGCCUGCUAUAGCAAAACUGUAUAUCACAAACCUGAAAAAGUACCUUUUUUGACUUGGUCCAGAGAUGUUCUGUAGCACAUUUGGUGAUGAUUGCUAAAACUUUGUAGGAGGAGUAGAGAAACAAAAACAGAUUUGGACACAAUUCAAAAUGGCGGCAAAAUCCUACAGAAUCCAGGGAAAGAAUAAUUUUGCUUCUGCUUGCUUCAAAUGUUAUAGGCCAAAACUUUAAGUUUUUUGUUAUAGCAUUUCCAAAUUGCACCACAUUCAACACUGCACUCCAUUGGGUCCCCAGCAUUACACGAGCCAAGUGUGUAUUAGACCUGAUGAACGGUCCUCGAGAUAUUCUAACGACACACUCACAGAGAUCCCUCGCUUUAUAGUGAGAUGCUUUUUCCAUUGUCAUGAAACAUUGGCCAUGGAAUAUACGGAAUUCUGUGUGGUGUGCUUAUAUCUGUACUGAGCCUUAAUUGUGUGAUACUAAUGCAAUUGCGAGUAAAUCCCGAGCAAUGUGGCGUUUUUAAUCCGAAUGUUGAAAUGCAAUGGGUAACACUUUCAUCAAGCUAUCGCGAUUUAGCAUUUAGCAUGCUUUAUAAAGCUUCUUUAACGUGCACAGUGAAAUGCAGGUUUGUCAGUAUGCAUGACAUGCAAGUUCAAUUUGGACCCACGCCUACAGUAAGACUGGAACCUUGCAGCCAAUUAACUGUGCAGCACAGUGGGGUUGAUAGUGGAGUUAGAGGUUAGAGGUGUUAAAUGUUAAGGCUGCUGUUAUUCUAUGUUCCCAUGAACAUGUCUCCUACUCUGUCUAUGGCACUUGGCCGCAAGCCCUUUUGAUUUUUUUUUUUUUUAUUGGAAUUGUAAAUCUUUAAAGCUUCGCCAAUCAAUAUUUGUUUUUAAUGGCCAUGGGUCGGAUGACUAUGUGAUGAUGUGUGUUUUUAUGUGAAAGGUGUCCCUUGUAGGAAUCAACCCCUAGUUCCCCACUCUACGUAGUGUUUCAUUAUAUUUCAGAUCAUUGUUUUUAUGGCCCACAACUGCUGUUUUGGUUCACUCUCAGUGCUCUAUAUAACCUGGUUUCCCGCCGGUAGGAAAAUCGUCUGAUACACCCACGGUACGCCACUUUACAGCACCAUAGACAGACAAAAUUAGCAGGAAAAACAGAGCUAAAAAAGAAAGAAUGUUGGACUUACAACACAUUACUAACAUGUUAUCUUUUUUUAAAGACUUAUUUCCCAAAACAACUAAGCGCUGUCAGUUUUUGCUCAUGUUACCCAUCAGGAGUGAAUAAAGCAUUUGCUGGGGGGCUAGUUUCCGCUCUUACAGAAAUACAGAUUUGGUGCUCUAGCAAGAAACUAAAAAUAAUUUACAUGCACUGUUAUGAGUGCAGCCGGCCUUCAGAACCUCUGUGCAACAGGAUCCAAUUAGAAGAAUAUAACAAAAGAGAGCCAAUUAAGGAGAUGAGCAAGAGUGAGAACAAAAGAAGGGAUUUUUAAAUCAAAUCGUGAUACCUAUUGAAAGGGACGGUUAGUGUGAUUUUUAUGACGCCUACACAAUCACACCGGUCUCUCAACAGUGUUCGGAUCAACACAUUCUCACUCCCAUCGAGUCAAAAAGUCAGGUCAGGUGCCUUUGGCGUUUGUGAUUGAUGCAAAAAGUCUCCUUUAGCGUCAUAUUUAGAUGCACUUGGUCGGGACUCUUAGCAUCACUAUUUGACGCUCUGGGGCGGGACUCUUGGCAUCACUUUUAUUCAAUUUUUUUAUUAUUAUUAUUUUUUGGGGCAUUUUCAGCCUUUAUUUUGACAGGACAAGGCAUGAAAGUGGAGAGAGAGGGGGGGAAUGACAUGCAGCAAAGGGCCGCAGGUCGGAGUCCAACCCUGGCCCGCUGUGUGAGUAAACCUCUUUAUAUGGGCUCCCGCUCUACCAACUGAGCUAUCCGGGCGCCCAUUGGCAUCACUUUUUUUUUGACGCUCCGGGUCGGGACUAUUGGCUUCACUAUUGGACGCUCUUGGGACUCGCAUCUAGCCCUUUGGCGUCAUAUUUUGACGCUCUGCGUCAGGAUGUAGGUUUAGCUGACAUGCGGCACAAGAAACGGGACAGUUGGGUUUAGGAAAAGAUGGUGGGUGGGGUAAGAAAAUGUACAUUUCAGGGCCAGGCGGGACUAGAACUGGACAUUAACCCCGGUCUGCUGGGUGAAAGUCCUGUGUUGCAUCACCCAAAACCUGCCUCCUUAACGGAUUUUAGGUCUUUCAUAAUACUCGCUACCGUUGUCUCUUAAUACUCUGUCAUCUUACAGCGCUGUGGCCAAGCUGCUGCUCUGCCCGGUGCGUUUUCGCGUCGGUAUCUGAUGCCGAGAGCCACUGACCAAGCAUCAGUAUUUUAUGAGUUAUCAAUCAGUCGCAGAAAAUACAUCUAGUUGUUGUGUUUUACUGUCAGUCACAUGAAAAAGCUAAAACAAACCGUCAGAGAGUAUUUGCAAAUACAGUCGGACUAAACGUUUUGGUAACCGGUGAAAGAACAGCACCGACCUACAAGCCAAAAGAUUGAUUUUUUUUCAUGCAUCUCUGUUCCCCUGUGUAGUUUGAAUUUCUUAAACUGUGCUGAAAUACUAUCUAUGUAACGACUACUGAAAAUGUAAAUAUGAAAAUAUUAUAAAUCAACAAUAUGGGUUUGUCUAAAGAAAUAAACAAGUACUGUAUGUAUUUUAUUUGUAAAAAAAACAACCAAGAAACUGGACGUUUCGAUGAGUGUUAAAGGUAUUUAUUCUUUGUUUUUGCUGUUGACGUUUUGUGGACUGACCUGCAGUGUAUUUGGGAGAUGAACAGUAGACUGAGGCCUUGGAGCAUUCACCUUCUUAUCCCUCUCUGUAAAUUAUUGACCAUAAUACUCUUCUUUUUAACACUGUUAUGAAAAAGCUUUAUGUUUGCUCUUAAGAUGCAUUAUAACUCAUCUCGGUCACAAUCCAACAGAGCUUCGAUGGAGCUGUUUGAGCUGAUAUCUAACAGUAAUGUCUGAGCUCUUUUUAAUGUUUAGCGUUGAGUGUAUUUAAUGUGUCACACCGUGGUUUACUAAGGUCAGGACACUGCCGGGGUGCGAUCAGCCGCACAAAACUUUGCAACACCUCCCGAAGUUACAAAUUUUACAAAACAAAAACCACCUCUGCUUAACUAGUCUGUGUGAAAAAAGCUCCCAGUUCACUACUGAUAAGAUAUCACUCUUUAAGAUUACUCAAGUUUUAUUAUUGUGUACCAAUGCCUUAUCAAAUCUGCAUAGAGACUUUCCCCCCUUUGUCUGAUUAAAACAGUUUUCAAAAUA